UCACACCAGACGAUCCUGUGCUUGUAUGAGAUGAAGUCACAGGUGUUGAUCACCCUUCAAGAAGUGUUCCUGGCUGUGCAGUCUGCAGAGAUGGCCACCAGACUCCGCCCCCUCUGGUGGGAGGCGUGGCAAACUCUGGGCCGCGCCCAACUAAGCCUUGGCGAAGUAGAACUUGCUGUACGGUCCUUCCAAGUGGCAUUGCACAUGCAUCCGUCUGAGCGCCCCCUCUGGGAGGAAGACCUAGGCUGGGCCCUAAAGCUCCGGGAGCAGCAGAAAUCUCUCCGUGAAAGAGAGAAACAGGAAGAGGAAGCCCGAAGGCUCCUCGUGGAAGCUCCUGAGCUGAAGAGUGAUUAUGAUUUUGAAAGCGAUGAAGUGAUUGAGGCUUGCACUGCCAUGGCUGAAAGACAGAAACAAUAUGAGGACCUAAAGAAAACAGCGCUUGUUGUGGACACACACGGGGUCACCAAAGAGGUGAUUGUCGAAGAUGACAGCGAACCCACUUCAUCCUCUCAGAGUGUUUUAGUCAAGGCACGGGGACUCUGAAUGAAAUAGAGGCUAGUUUUGUGUCUCCCCAUGUGUAUAUUGUUUAGAUUAUGUACGUAUUGUUAAGUUUAUUUGAUAAUCCAGGAUUCUGAUUGACUUCCUCAUAGUGUUUAACAAAGUUACUAUUCCCAGUGAUUUUGUAAAGUGAGAUUCAGAUUUCAAGAAGAAUUUGAAGAAUGCUUCUGGAUCAUUUUCACUCAAACAAGAGCAUAAAUUCCUUCCUUCUA